AAGAGUGAGAAAAAAGUGUGAAGGAAGAAAGGCAGUAAUCGGUAGCAGACGAGUUCGGCAGGUACACGUCGGUUGGUUGGAAUAAACUUUCACGUCUGCAUUGACCGCCAGUCAGUCGAUUACCGGUGAAAAGUAAGCUCUACGGAAUUUGCAGAACCUCGCGUCGUGCUAGUGCGUGAAGUGUGUGAAAUAGCUCUUGCGGGGCGCCCUCAUCAACAUCUAGAGUGAACCCUAAGGAGUCUAUGCUGCAGCUUGCGACGUUGGUGGCGAAUACUACUUGGCUCAUUCGACCAUCGUGUUGACUCUACGGUAGUGCACGAAGGGCUCCUGCAAACACCACGAAAAAAGACCCAAGUAUUUCAUAAAGCAGAAGUAAAAUAUACAAGCACAGCGGAACAACAACAUAGCACUGCAACCUGCAGGCCAAACAAUGUCGGCUGGAACCUUCGUAGAUCGAAUCGAUCCGUUUGCCAAACGCUCGCUCAAGAAGAAAAGCAAAAAAUCUCAGGGCUCAUCACGGUACAGGAAUUCACAAGAUGUCGAACUGCAACAGUUGCCAUCACUCAAAGUGGAUUGUUCCAGCUUAGAGCAAGAGGAGUUGUUUAUCCGCAAGCUGCGACAAUGUUGCGUGUCUUUCGAUUUUAUGGAUCCCCUGUCGGAUCUGAAGGGGAAGGAAAUCAAGCGGGCCGCCCUAAACGAUCUGUCAGCAUAUAUCACACAUGGCCGUGGCGUACUGACGGAGAAUGUCUAUCCGGAGAUUAUCAAAAUGAUAUCGGUUAAUUUGUUUAGAACCCUGCCGCCUAGCGAAAACCCUGACUUCGAUCCUGAAGAGGAUGAUCCCACCUUAGAAGCUUCUUGGCCCCAUCUGCAGCUGGUGUAUGAAGUUUUUCUUCGGUUUCUUGAAUCAGCCGACUUCCAGGCAACAUUCGGAAAGAAAGUCAUUGACCAGAAAUUUGUACUACAGCUUUUGGAACUGUUUGAUUCCGAAGACCCGAGGGAACGCGACUUUCUGAAAACCGUGUUGCAUCGUAUCUAUGGGAAAUUCUUAGGAUUACGUGCUUUUAUUCGUAAGCAAAUUAAUAAUAUAUUCCUACGUUUUAUAUACGAAACGGAACACUUCAACGGUGUCGGCGAGCUCUUGGAGAUUUUGGGAAGUAUAAUCAACGGUUUUGCUCUACCGUUGAAGGCAGAACAUAAACAGUUUUUGGUGAAGGUUCUGUUGCCAUUACACAAAGUAAAAGUGCUGUCCCUAUACCAUGCGCAACUCGCUUAUUGCGUGGUGCAGUUCCUCGAGAAGGACGCCUCCCUGACCGAACCAGUAGUGCGGGGUUUAUUGAAAUUCUGGCCAAAGACAUGCUCGCAGAAGGAGGUGAUGUUUCUAGGGGAGAUUGAAGAGAUACUGGACGUGAUUGAGCCGCCACAGUUUGUCAAAAUACAGGAACCGCUGUUCCGACAAAUCGCCAAGUGCGUUUCCAGUCCCCACUUCCAGGUGGCCGAGCGAGCACUCUACUUCUGGAACAAUGAAUAUGCAAUGUCGCUGAUCGAGGACAACAAUGCCGUUAUAAUGCCAAUUAUGUUCCCAGCGCUCUACCGGAUCAGCAAGGAGCACUGGAACCAGACGAUUGUUGCAUUGGUCUACAACGUUCUGAAAACGUUUAUGGAAAUGAAUUCGAAGUUGUUCGACGAACUAACAGCAAGCUAUAAGGCGGAGCGGCAGAAAGAAAAGCGACGGGAACGAGAGCGCGAAGAGCUGUGGAAGCGUCUGAAUGAGCUCGAGAUAUCGUCCCGUGCGCCAAAUAAGGAUCAAAAUCAGCUCGCCAAUCAGUCGGCGGGAGGGCUAAUACAGGACAACACGCCGCUGGUUGGUGGCACCGGCAAUGUGCAGCUAAAUCCCAACCAGCUAUCAUCACCGACCGUUACAUCAACAUCAUCAUCCUCGUCGCCCUCGUCGGCAAAUUCGACUGGCAAUAACAAUAACAAUAGUAGCGCAGGCGGCAUCAGCUCUCAGCCUCCGGGGUCCGCUGGUGGUACCGGUUCCGCUAAUGCACUCUCCGGCACCUCCCAGCAGCAUAACUCGUCUGCGGUUGAGGCGGGGGCCAAGUGAUGUACUGAAUAAUAUUUUUUCUAAAAUCACCAACUUCAGUGACAUGCAUACCAAGGUACAGCAACACGCACGAACACGCAGCUACUACACACACAUGAAUAUCAUGUACACUGACCGGCAAGCCAAAAGGGAAAGAAACACAUGAACAGAAAGCGGCUCACGACCAUCUCGCCUCUCAACAUUUGUAGUACGAUAUUCUAACAUUCGAUCGUUAAAUGAACGUAAUAAUAUUAUCACGAAACAAGCAAAUUCAAUCAUUCUAAACAAAGGCAUUAAUUACCCUAUUGUUAAACACAAAACAAAACUAGUGACGAAUAAAACUAGUGGAAACAAGAUGCAAAGGGCAAGCACACAGGAUAAUAAUGCAGAAACAAAUAUGAUAAGAUUCGAUAUGCGCCUCCCCCUGCGAGUGCGAGUGGUAAAUAUCGAAUCAUACAGCCUAAAUGCAGCUGCCGGAGUGUGGUUUGCGUUAAACUGUUUCGAUGCGCAAUCCCUUUCUCGCCUUACCGACUUUUCUUGCUUGUUGCGCGAUUGGUUCAAUCAUUCAGUGUGGGAUGGAACACAUGACUUCAUCUUGCCCUCGAUGAUCAUUGGCGUUAUAGAAACUAUGUUUGUAACAUAUCUACUUACCAGCCUUUUCUAACGUUAUUGAUCGGGGGAACAUAAACUGUCAGAGCCUUGUAUUUCACUCGGAAAACAGUCAAACACGUUCCGCUCGUUACGAAGGUUAUACUAUGUGUUUGCGAGAGCCGUACAAUAGGCGAAUGGUUAGUAGGUGUACAUACGACAAAGUGCUAAACCGUGUUUCUUUUUUCGAAGAGUGCUCCUUUGCUGAUUUGUAACAUUCUUUCUUGUUCCGAAGAAAUUAAAACCAAACCGGCAGCUGCUAUUUGUGGCUUGUUGUUUAACAUCAUCGCUCAAUCAUUCGAACGGUUCGCUCCAACAGCUUACUUAGCUGUUCAAACCAACAAAAGUACUUCUCGUGAUAACCUCUCUAAAAACAAGUUCCGACAACUUUGCAUUCAUUUUCGUUUCGUGCUUUUUGAUUUUGUUUGGGCGUUCGGGCGAAAUUACCAAAAUGCAAAUACCACAAUGAUAUGGCCCAAAAAGACUUUCAGAAGAGUAAAAUAAAUGUUGAUGAAGGAAACCAGAAGAAAUAUAUACAAAAGAUAAGAAUAUAUAUAUAUAGAAGAUCCAUAACAAAUUACAUGUGGCCGAAACACAAAUAAAAACAUGCCCAAAGUGUACAAUUCUAGUGGAAUAAAAUAACUGUUGGCAACAAGAUAAACUAACACACACGCUUUACCACCGGGUUUUCAAAAAAAAAGCAAAAAGCCGCAAGAAGAUAAUACAACCGUAGUGUGGCGAUAUUGGAAACACUCUAAUCGUCGGAAACCGUAGGAAAUAACCUUUUCAUUUGCAUCUAAUCAUAAAAAGCACACAUCACCAACCAACCACAACACACACACACACACACACAGGCACUUAAAUAGACACAUAAACAAACAUCUCCCAAUACGCAGAGAGAGUAACAAAUGUGCCGCAUCAGCUAUACAACCAGCACCAGCCGGACCGGACUGGGACCGGGUUUAGCUGGCGUUGCUUCGAUGUACGUAUCGAAAACACUAUUGUAGGGUGAAAAUUAAAACAAAAAUCCAGGUCAAAGUAUUGGGAAUUUAAGGGAAAACUAAAAAAAAAAACGAGAAAACAUAUUUAGAACAGAACAAUGAUGAUAAAAGGUUAAAAGAAAGUACCCAGCGGAUACCAUACACACACAUUCACAAAAAUACACCGAAGUAUGGGAAAAUACUGAAACAACCGUGCUUAAUAUUCUAGACAUAGUAACAAUACUAAAACAGAGGGGACACUUGCGGAGGGGAUUUUGACUAGGCGCUCGGGCGGAGAAGACGGUGUGUGCUGCUGUGCUGUGCGGUGGGUGAUGAAUGUAGAACGCGAAAUAACAAGGCAUGGCGCAUAAAUCAUCGUAUCACUAGAACAACAAACGCGAAGAAACACAAAACUAAAAUCAUUGGAAUAUGUGCACAUACCACCACAGUGAUGCAAAUAGAGGGAACUACAUCACUUGAUAGCAUGCAAAAAAGAGAGUACACACAAAACUGUAGAGCUGCGGUGAAGCUGAAGUUAGAAAUUAAACCCACACGCUGAUAGAGGAGCAGAAAAACGGAAGCGGUGUAUUUGUUGUAGUUAUAUGAAUAAUUAUAAAUUAGUUAUUAUUAUUCGCGAAACACGCUAGGCAGUGAGAAUAUGGAAGGAAGACGAGAAUAUGAGAUCGAUUCUUAUAGAGAACAGAACACUUUUUUGUUUUGCAUAAAGGGCAUCGCGGAUUACCACUGGCGGCAAAAGCACGCGAGCAAAAGGGCUAGAAAGUGUUUGUGGAACAGAUGAUGUUGUGGUGGGUCAGAGUGUGAUUUCCGUGCGCGUGUUGAAUAAGAACUGCUGAGUGUGUCAUGAUGCUCUGUGGCUGGCUUUUGUUGUUCGUAUGGUAUGCGUGUUUGGGUGUGUAUGGGUGUAUAUGGGUGUGCGUGUGUAUGUCUCGAAUGGGUCGCUCGCCGUUAACUGUUGGCCGUUUUUAACAAUGAUGAAAUUCACAUCGUUGUGUACACGAUUUAAGUAGGGAAGCAACCAAUAGUGAGCAAUGUUUAGACGGAAAACAAAGCAUAUUUCCGAUCACACACACACACACACACUGCUGCUCCUUGCUCUCCACCUUAAUGGCAAACAUGAGUGACAAAUAGACAAAGGAGAAUCAUAAAAUAUCAAGUCUUAAGCGCAUUCUCUGUGCACGAUAUGAACUAUGCAAAGCAUAAGUGUCGGGCGCCGAAACCGAUCGACCGACCUGACCUAUUUCCUAACGUAAGAAGUAGUGCUUCUUCUAGCAACAGAAAUCGACGCAACAGACUACUACAGACUAC